GCUGCCUUUAGAUACAUUUUUGUCUCACUUUUCCUAUUCCUUCAAUUGGAAUGUGUCACAAUCUGCAUUUUCUUUGAGGAACUGCACAUGAGAACGGUGUAUUAGAUUUUUUAAUCCUUUCUGAAGAGAUUCACCUCUUUCCUGGGUUUGAACAUCGGCAUUUUUGCCUUUUCUGGUGCUGGGGGAGGUUGAUGGCGAGGUUCCAGUUGGACCGGGUCAAAGUGAGCUGGACAGCUAUUUUGACUGUGGCCCACUUCACAUACCUGCUGGUCGGGGCCACGAUCUUCCAGAUAAUGGAGCGAGAGGCUGAGAGCAACAACCGCAACCACUUCCAACUGGAGAAGCUGCAUUUCUUGGCUAAUUACACCUGCCUAGAUGGACCAGCCUUGGAGAAGUUUGUUCAGGUGAUUUUGGAUGCCUGGGAAAAGGGAGUGAACCCUUCAGGCAACUCAACAAACCCCAGUAACUGGGAUUUUAGUAGCUCCUUCUUUUUUGCAGGCACAGUAGUCACAACUAUAGGCUAUGGCAACCUCUCCCCUAGCACUGUGUCUGGUCAGGUGUUUUGCGUGUUUUACGCACUCUGUGGGAUCCCACUGAACCUAGCCUUCCUCAAACAGCUCGGGAAGUGUCUCAUCAUCCACCUGGGUCGACUCAAGAGGGGGAUGGUCUCAGUUGUUCCUCACAAGCAAACGGUUGAGGCUCUGGCAGUGAGUUUAUUCUUCGUCAGCGGCAGCCUGCUGUUCUUGGUCAUCCCUCCUCUGCUGUUCAGUUAUGUGGAAGGCUGGACGUUUGGCGAGGGCUUCUAUUUCGCCUUCAUUACACUCAGCACCAUUGGUUUUGGAGAUUAUGUGGUGGGGACUGACCCGGGCAAGGAGUACAUCUCUCUGUACCGGAGCCUUGCAGGCAUAUGGAUCAUUUUCGCCCUGGCUUGGCUCGCUCUUAUCCUCAACAUGGGAGCCAGAAUAAUGGAGACUGUGGUUGUGCUUACUCACCCAGGCUUUAAGAAACAGGAAGAGGAAGAGGACGUGUCACCCAGUAAACUGGAGGACACAUCAAAGAUCUGACAGUGGACUGUAGAUGGGACAAUCUACAUGUAAUAUUUACUAGGUAGAAGAUAUUUUGUGUGAUUGUUGCUCUGUACAUAUUAUGAUUCGCAGUACAACAAGAAAACAGAUGUAGCAUCAUUUUAUUUAAUAGCAAAACAUUUUUUGGUAUAUUUGCCAGUUUUUUUUUCCUUCUUUCGAUGCUUUAAAUGCUUUAAAUUUAUCUUUCGCUUGUCAAGAAUUGUUUUAAUUUAUUACACAGGCUAGAAAAACAUUACAGAUUUUUAUUUGACAACUCUACCUCAGUGAAGCCGAAGGGUCAGUUCAGAGGAUCAGGGCCUGGACUUGUUGAAAUUAUAAGAAUUAUCUAUAGCAGUGGUUCCCAACCUGUGUGCUGUUUAAGAACUACUUUCAGUGUUUUCUUCUUCUUGUAUUUAAUGCCUAUCACAGUGACAAGUCAGUGAUGGGAAUUUUUUACAUCGUCACCAGCCGGACCACAUUGUAUACUUGUAUUGUAAUGGGGUC